CUGUGACCCCCUGAUCUGAACACCAACGCACAACCCACUGCACCACACGCCCACCACUCCUACAUUUUAAUAAAUGAACACUGCUUCUGAACCUCGCAUGAGAAUUUAAGAGGUCUUGUUAUGUUCAUUUUGGUUUAUAUGUGUACUUAGUGUCUCCACUGUGUCAUGUCUCCACACUUUAAUGUUCAAAAAGCUCUUUAUUUCUCUCAUAUUGCCUGUGCGGCCGCACCUCUUUUCACCCUCUGUCUGAAACCAGAGCCCAGUCUGCUCUGAUUGGUUAGCUGGCCGGCUCUGUUGUGAUUGGUCAACUGUUUAGAGCUCUCCCGCCCCUUAGCCUAUCACGUACAAUUUGUUGGAGCGCUACCCAUUAGUAGCCUAAGUGUUACAUAGUGAUGUCACUGUAUUACAGAAGUAAACAAAUGAGUCCAAUUGAGGCGUUUCAAGCAGGGGGGAGAAACUUCCUCUGGAGCGAGCUCUGGGAUUUUCGCCAUUUAUAAAAAUGCGUAUUAUAUUAGGUUAAACAAUAUCCCUGUCUUGGACCCUCUGUGCUCAAUUUAUGGCAAUCCCAGCUGUUGUUUGAAAAGGUAAUUCACCUCUUGUGUCAUUACAACACACUUCUAGCAACACAUAAAGCUGGUUUUAAAAAACGUUGUUAGAUAUUAUUUGAGAUAUAACCAAUAUUUGUAAAAUUCCCUCAUAAACAAAGUUAGUUUAGCGCAAGGAGGAGCUUUUCUCAAUUUCACAUGUAAACAAAUCUCUGAUCAUUUAAGUUUGGUGAUGUGAGAUAAAUUGAUAAAAGGAAGUUGUAAUGCACAAAUCCUCUUGCAAGUAUGUAUAGCCUACAAUGGAGUUGCAAAGUAGCUGUGCCCACAAAGCGGAAAAAAACAAAACAUUAAGCCAUCAAGCAGACAUUCCGGGCGUGCUUUAGACAGGAUAAGAACCUGCAUACUUGAGAGAGAACAUAGUCUCUUCACUCAGCACCUGGAGAAAAACAUCUCCCUGCAGCCAAACUGGCUCCCAUUCAACCAGACUGUAGAGCCCCAGUUCCCCCAGCAGGGGUCAGGCUCACACAGUGGUGAGCACAGCCAGACUAAUGGCGCGUUUCCACUGCAGCGGGUAGCUCGCUUUAAGCGCGCCGAGCCGUGCGGGGCCCGUUUUUGGUUGCGUUUCCACUUGGCCUAGUGUUGGCCCGAGGCUACUUUUUCACCCUUUUUCUGGCCCGACUAAAUCGUGGUUCUAUCGAGGCCAACAAGCGGGGCCAACAACCGGGCGGAAUAUGCUAAACUAGUGACGACUCUGAUUGGUCAGAGAGAAUCGUCACAAUUCUCGCGCGACUUAAUCCCUAGUGUCGCAUAUAUUAAGGGACGCUUGCAGCAUUUUUGUAAACCUAAGAAAAUGGCAAAGAAAAACAUACCGUGGUCGAUUGACGAAGUUGCGACGUUCCUCCAGCUGAUUGCAGAUGAUACAAUCCAGCGGGAGCUCGACGGCACAACUCGCAACCUAAAAGUUUUUCAGGAGGUCUCUGCACUGUUGUCCGAGCGCAAAUUCUCAAGGACUUUCCAGCAGUGUAGGGAAAAACUGAAAAAGCUUAAGAGUGAGUAUAGAGCCGUGAAGGACCACAACGGCCGGAGUGGUUCAGAUAGGAAAAGCUGGAAGUGGUUCGACCUGUUGGACGCUAUUUAUGGCCAUAGACCGGCCAACGUUGGGAGGGAGGGAGGCCUGGACUCUGCAACCGCGUUACUGGAGUCCCUGCAUGAUGAUGCCAUUGGGACUAGUGAGGAAGAACAGUCCCGAACAACGGGUGGUGGCAGUGUUCCGUCCUCAACAUCAUCAGAACACACCUCAACUCGACCACAGACACCAGUCGAGGAACCGACACCAACGCCGAGUGCCAUCACGACACCGCAGCGUGUGGUUCUAGGCAAGAGGAAACGAGGAGGAGACGAGCACCUAGCACAGCAGGCACGGCACCAUGAACAGAGCCUGGCCCAGGUGGAUCGGCACUGGCAGCUGACCAUGGAGGCUGCUGCCCGGGCGAGGGAGGAGGAAAUGGCCUUGAGAAGGGAGGAGAACGCUCAAACUCAUGCGUUUAACCUAGCCUUCCUGCGCACUCUCGGCCAGGUUCUAGGGGGCAGCCGACGUGGCCCGUCUCCUCAGGAAGACGAACCACCUCUGUAAUUUUAAUAUUAUUCAGUUUCAUCUCUCUUGUUUUUGUUAAUUUGUAAAUGCAACAUUUAUACUUUCUUGUUUAUUUCUUAUCUUU